AUGUACACGUCUUCUCAGUCUGGAGGCAUUUUCAACUGUCCUUACCCAACGGGGUUGAGGACAGACUGGCAUAGGGAUGAUGACAGACUCGAUUGUUACACCAACCGGACACAUCUUUUGUGCUCCCUUCGGGUAUGGACGAGGUGGUUUGAGGACUGUCGCGGUAGAGCUGGCCGCUACGAGGCAUGCAAGCGAGAGAGAAAUAGCAGUUUGGCUCCACAAGUCAGUCGUGAAGAUCAGUCGGCAGAGUCGCCUGACGGCUCUGUCGCGUAUGCCUGCAGAGACGCUACGACGCAAAGUCUGCCAACAGUCAAAGAGACUUUCGAAGAGGCCUCAAAGCCGGGCAAAAGUCUGCGAAGCGGCAGUCUGUCAACCGAUUGGUGGUGGGCGCGUAAGGGCUAG